UGCUGGGAGAGUUUGCUGCAGCCUAGGGAAUUUUUCUGAGGUUACUGCCGAGCACCCAAAGUCCUUCAGCUUCUGGCCAUACAAACAGGUACCCAGCGGACCCUUUGGUUCACUCCCACACAGGCUGGAGCUGUCUUCUCCAGAGUUUUGAUCAGCUUUGCUAAGCAACUGGUUGGAAAUAAUUCCUCAGACACCACAGAGUCAAAGAUACAGCACAUGACUUAGGAGUAACACGUGUGACAUGGAGGAUACUGCACUGACCCUUGACACUAUAGAUGUUUCUUACCUGCCAAGUUCAUCAGAAUACAGUGUUGGCCCUUGUAAGCAUGCAAAUGAGGAAUGGGGUGAGUAUGGUUUCAGACCUACUGUCUUCAGAUCUGCAACCUUAAAAUGGAAAGAAAGCCUGUUGAGCCGGAAAAGGCCGUUUGUGGGAAGAUGUUGUUAUUCCUGUACUCCCCAGAGCUGGGAUAAGUUUUUCAACCCCAGUAUCCCGUCUUUGGGUUUGCGGAAUGUCAUCUAUAUCAAUGAAACUCACACCAGGCACCGAGGAUGGCUGGCAAGGCGUCUUUCUUACGUGCUUUUUGUUCAAGAGCGAGACGUCCACAAAGGCAUGUUUGCCACCAAUGUGGCAGAAAACGUACUGAACAGCAGUCGGGUGCAAGAUGCCAUUGCAGAAGUGGCUGCUGAAUUAAACCCUGAGGGCUCUGCUCAGCAACAAUCCAAAGCCAUCAUUAAAGUGAGGAAGAGAGCCAAAAGGAUCCUUGAAGAAAUGGUCGCCACUGUCUCACCAGCAAUGAUCAGACUGACUGGAUGGGUGCUGCUAAAACUGUUCAACAGCUUCUUUUGGAACAUUCAAAUUCACAAGGGUCAACUUGAGAUGGUUAAAGCUGCAACCGAGACGAAUUUGCCGCUUAUAUUUCUACCGGUUCAUAGAUCCCACAUUGACUAUCUGCUGCUCACCUUCGUUCUCUUCUGUCACAACAUCAAAGCACCAUACAUUGCUUCGGGCAAUAACCUCAACAUCCCCAUCUUUAGUACCUUGAUCCAUAAGCUUGGGGGCUUUUUCAUACGACGGAGGUUGGAUGAAACACCAGAUGGACGGAAGGAUGUUCUCUAUAGAGCUCUGCUCCAUGGGCACAUAGUGGAACUACUUCGGCAGCAGCAGUUCUUGGAGAUCUUUCUGGAAGGCACACGCUCCAGGAGUGGGAAAACCUCCUGCGCUCGGGCAGGACUCUUGUCAGUGGUGGUAGAUACUCUGUCCACCAAUAUCAUCCCUGACAUCUUGAUAAUACCCGUCGGCAUCUCCUAUGAUCGUAUCAUCGAAGGUCACUACAAUGGUGAACAGCUGGGAAAACCUAAGAAGAACGAGAGCCUUUGGAGUGUGGCCAGAGGCGUCAUCAGAAUGUUACGGAAAAACUAUGGGUGUGUCAGAGUGGAUUUUGCACAGCCAUUUUCCUUAAAGGAAUAUUUAGAAAGCCAGAGUCAGAAACCUGUGUCUGCCCCUCUUUCUCUGGAACAAGCCUUGCUCCCCGCUAUACUUCCUUCAAGACCCAAUGAUGCUGCUGCUGAAGGUGCUGAGCCGUCCCCUGACGAUUCCAGCAAUGAGACAGAGGAGUCAUUCCGGAGGAGACUGAUCGCUAAUCUGGCUGAGCACAUCCUCUUCACUGCUAGCAAAUCCUGUGCCAUUAUGUCAACACACAUCGUGGCCUGCCUGCUGCUCUACAGACACAGGCAGGGAAUUGAUCUCUCCACAUUGGUGGAGGACUUCUUUGUGAUGAAGGAAGAAGUGCUGGCCCGUGAUUUUGACCUGGGGUUCUCGGGAAAUUCCGAAGAUGUGGUCAUACAUGCCAUACAGUUGUUGGGAAAUUGCGUCACAAUCUCGCACACCAGCAGGAACGAUGAGUUUUUUAUUACUCCCAGCACAACUGUCCCAUCAGUCUUUGAACUUAACUUCUACAGCAACGGUGUCCUGCACGUCUUUAUCAUGGAGGCCAUCAUAGCCUGCAGCCUCUACGCAGUCCUGAACAAGAAGGGUGCAGGCGCGCCUGCCGCUGGGGCCCCCACCCUGAUCAGCCAGGAGCAGCUGGUACGGAAGGCAGCCAGCCUGUGCUACCUGCUGUCUAACGAGGGCACCAUCUCUCUCCCCUGCCAGACGUUUUACCAAGUCUGCCAUGAAACAGUGGGCAGGUUCAUCCAGUACGGCAUUCUCACUGUUGCAGAGCAAGAUGACCAGGAAGAUGUCAGCCCCGGUCUUGCUGAGCAGCAGUGGGACAAGAAGCUUCCCGAACCUUUGUCCUGGAGAAGUGAUGAAGAAGACGAAGACAGUGAUUUUGGCGAGGAGCAGCGAGACUGCUACCUGAAGGUGAGCCAAUCCAAGGAGCACCAGCAGUUCAUCACCUUCCUGCAGAGGCUGCUGGGCCCGCUGCUGGAGGCCUACAGCUCCGCUGCCAUGUUCGUCCACAACUUCAGCGGGCCCGUCCCCGAGCCGGAGUACCUGCAGAGGCUGCACAAAUACCUCAUAACCAGGACAGAAAAAAAUGUUGCCGCCUAUGCUGAGAGUGCCACAUACUGUCUCGUGAAGAAUGCUGUGAAAAUGUUUAAGGAUAUUGGGGUUUUCAAAGAGACCAAACAAAAGAGAGUGUCUAUUUUGGAACUCAGCAGCACUUUCCUACCUCAGUGCAACCGGCAGAAACUCCUGGAAUAUCUCCUGAGCUUUGUGGUGCUGUAGCAAUGAGCUGUCGGCAGGUGAAGGGCGUGCAUGGCCCCUGGCAGGCUCAGCCCUUUAUGGCUCCAGGUGGGAGGUGCGUCCUGCGGCCAGGCCCGCCCUACCCUGCCGUGGCCUCCUGGAAAGCAAGUGCCUUCUCCCCUCGUGGGCCUGUGACCAUCCUGACUCCAAGGCGCACAGUGGCCCGCAGAUAGCGCUCCGGGGCCCCCAGCCUCCGCUUGCAGUUUCUAAUCAGUAGAUUACAGAAUGAAAUCUCAGCAAAGAUUUUGGAGUUUAUUAAAGAUUUACAUUUUAAAUAUAACUGUUAAGGACUAAUUAAUGUGAAGGACAAAAUAGUAUUCUUGAACUGAAUCUUGAUGAUACAUAAUGCUGUCGGGAAUUCAUUGGUAUAUUUUCUGAUUAACUGUUAAUCCUCCUUUAAAAAUAAUUGUCAACCCAAAGUGCUUUAUGAAAGAAUGGGCAGGUGCACAUCCCACCCAGGUAUCCCUGUGCUGGCCUGCGCUGGUCAGAUUGAGGACGUGUUUUCAGAGCUGCGCGAGAACACAAUGUUAGAUUAGGUCAGGGAUGGAGAUAGCAUGAUGACAUUAUCUGACACCAGGCUGGCAAGAUUCAAGGUGAGCUCGGCCAGAAAACUGACUUGGAAAACUUGUGCUCAGAUAAAAAUGUACCACUGUGUUUUAAAUGACCAGCAAGUAUUUAGGAAUGACUUCCGUUUCAUGGCUGUACCCUUUCCCACCCCUCAGGUGGUCCCCGCCUCUCAUAGGUACGGCUGUCCCAGCGUGGUUGGCACGGCCUGGGAGACUUGGUGCAGAAAGGGCUCUGGCCGAGGCUGCAUGCACAGGGCUUCCUGUGCUGCACACAGUGUGUGUGUGAGGCUGGCUGGGGGCCUGGGACCCACUUGGGGCGGGCAGUGUGCCACCCGUGCGGCCUUCGUGGUGGCCUGGUGAAUGGUUGGAGACAUUUAUGGAUCUUUAGCUGGGAGGCAAAAUCAAGGUUCUUUAAAAAUUUAACGAGUUAAUAUGCCUCAACCCUGACGCCACGUAGCGGCAAAUCAUGAAAACUUGUCUCUUCAUAAUAGAGGUGCCUUUUUGUGAGCGGGGAGCAUUAAGUGUUCAUCAGUUUUGGUAAUUUCUGGUGAUUUAAGAUGUGAUAUUAAAACAUUUUCUCACAGCUCAUUAUUCCUCCUCUCCAAGGUAUUACGGGACGAGGAACCCUCCUAAUGAAUAUUGCAUAUUGUCUUUGAAUUUAAUAUAGAAGUACUGAGAAUGAAGUUUGUGCUUUCAUAAGCUUGGAUUUUAAACACUAAUCGUAUCUCAUGAAUAUUCUGUGCUUGGGAGAGGAAAGGCACUGACUGAUAUUUCACUUUGAAUGAAAUGUCUCAUUUGGAACUCAUAGCAAUAAGGUUGUGCUGCUGCGACCCCCACUCUUUGCAGAUCCCCCGUUUGGAACAUACUUUCUUAGUAGGAAACGUGUACCAUUCAGCUACCGUCAGUGUUGUCGGCUCCGGGGUGGAGUGUGGGCUUCACCUUGUGGCUUCCGCUUUACUAACCGGGCAUUCUAUGUCCGGGGGAGAACAUGGGGAGGCUUAGUUAUCCCCUUGGGUGCUCCCUAUGGGGGCCAGCCAACAUCUAGACUCUUGACUUCAUCCCCUAAAUUAGCGACCAAGGUUACUUACACCGCCUCUCCCCUCCGGAAUGUCACUGCUGGCAGACUUCCUAGUGGCUGACGCUGCUGCCCUGCUUGUGAUUCUGCUGGAGCCGCGGCCGGGCCAGCCCGAGCAGGGACCACGGCUUCGGCUCCCCUGGCUGUUUCCCUCAGUUUCCCUCUUGGUUGGUUUGUUUGCUAGGAAUCUAAUCAGAUGCUUUGGGGAAUGUAAUGUAUGGCUCACUGGGUCUCUCGCCACUCAGCUCACUGUGAGAAUAAAUAUGCAUGCCUUUUUUUGUAAUUAACUGGUGCUUCAAACCCUUUUUAAGGAAGAAAAAUCUCAACCAAAGUUAUGCUCACCCAAGCAAGCUGACCCUCGUUGCGAGAACACCCGUAUGGCUGUAAGGUUUCCAGCUUUGCUUAGAUUUAUUCUCAUUGUUUCCCCGAAGCGGAUGGCUCCAUGUACGAUUAAACAAACUAGGUGCUUGUAAAUAAUUUACUACCGUUUACUCUGCAUUUCUCUGAAUCUGAAAUGCAUGCCUCCAGGGAAAGGCUGUGAGUCAAGUUACAAAACCAACAAACAAAAAACUCCAACCAUAAACGAUAUGAAACUGCACUCUUUCAAAAAGAGAAUGUCCCAAGUCACUCAGAAAAAGGGAAGUGCUUUUGAUCUCUUACAUUUUAAGAAAAACAAAGGGAAAGAACUAGAGUGGAAUGUGUGGGACUAGUGACAG